ACUUUUCGGGGAGGAGGGAAGUGCGUCUUAACUAGGAAACGGAGAAACUUCCACUGGAUUUCCUUGAACGGUGCUGCUCUUGUUUGCAUCUACAUUUGGGGGGGUCGGCUUCUGUCCUGGGGCGUGGAGUGCAUCUCCGCCUGAGGAUAACCCAGCUGGGGAAAAGAAACUCCAGUGUGGGUCAAGGUCCACGGCGCAGAGAGAUGGAGAGCAGCGCGGGCGGCUCCCGGCAGGCGGGCGCAGCAUCACCAGGUCCUGUCUCCUAGUGACCGCGGCGCGCGCGGGCUCGGCGGCAGUUGUGGGGACGACGGCGCGGCGCGGCGCGGGCAUCCCUGCAGCCCCUCCCCUGGGCGCGCGCGCGACCUGGGCGCCAUGGCGGCGGCGGCGGCGGCGGGCCCGAGGCCUGAGGCCGCGAGUCCGCAGUGUGAGCCGCCUGACCCGGCUGGGGCAGCGGCCGGGCUGGGCGACUGCGAGGACGCACCGGUCCGGCCGCUGUGCAAGCCCCGCGGCAUCUGCUCGCGCGCCUACUUCCUGGUGCUGAUGGUGUUCGUGCACCUGUACCUGGGCAACGUGCUGGCGCUGCUGUUCUUCGUCCACUACAGCAACGGCGACGAGAGAAGCGACCCCGGGCCCCAGCGCCGCGCCCCGGGCCCCGGGCCCGCGCCAACCUUGGCUCCCCUCACCCGGCUCGAGGGCAUCAAGGUGGGGCACGAGCGGAAGGUCCAGCUGGUCGCCGACAGGGAUCACUUCAUCCGAACUCUCAGCCUCAAGCCGCUGCUCUUCGAAAUCCCUGGCUUCCUGAGUGACGCGGAGUGUCGGCUCAUCAUCCACCUGGCACAGAUGAAGGGGUUACAGCGCAGCCAGAUCCUGCCCACUGAAGAGUACGAGGAGGCAAUGGGCACAAUGCAGGUCAGCCAGCUGGACCUCUUCCAGCUGCUGGACCAGAACCGUGAUGGUCGCCUGCAGCUCCGCGAGGUCCUGGCCCAGACUCGCCUGGGAAAUGGACGGUGGAUGACUCCGGAGAACAUUCAGGAGAUGUACACCGCGAUCAAGGCCGACCCUGAUGGUGACGGAGUGCUGAGCCUGCAGGAGUUCUCCAACAUGGACCUUCGGGACUUCCACAAGUACAUGAGGAGACACAAGGCAGAGUCCAGCGAGCUGGUGCGGAACAGCCACCACACAUGGCUCUACCAGGGGGAAGGUGCCCAUCACGUCAUGCGUGCCAUCCGCCAGAGGGUGCUGCGCCUCACCCGCCUGUCACCUGAGAUCGUGGAGCUCAGCGAGCCCCUGCAGGUGGUGCGGUACGGAGAGGGAGGCCACUACCAUGCCCAUGUGGACAGCGGGCCUGUGUACCCAGAGACCAUCUGCUCCCACACCAAGCUAGUAGCCAAUGAAUCUGUACCCUUCGAGACCUCCUGCCGCUACAUGACAGUGCUGUUUUAUUUGAACAACGUCACCGGUGGGGGAGAGACUGUCUUCCCUGUAGCAGACAACAGGACCUAUGAUGAAAUGAGCCUGAUUCAGGAUGAUGUUGACCUCCGUGACACUCGGAGACACUGUGAAAAAGGGAACCUGCGUGUCAAGCCCCGGCAGGGCACAGCAGUCUUCUGGUACAACUACCUGCCAGAUGGGCAAGGUUGGGUGGGCGAUGUGGACGACUACUCGCUGCACGGGGGCUGCUUGGUCACGCGAGGCACUAAGUGGAUUGCCAACAACUGGAUCAAUGUGGACCCCAGCCGGGCGCGGCAGGCGCUGUUCCAACAAGAGAUGGCGCGCCUGGCCCGCGAAGGUGGCGCGGACUCGCAGCCAGAGUGGACCCUGGACCGGGCCUACCGCGACGCGCGCGUGGAGCUCUGAGGGAAGGGUCAGCCCUGGCCUCCAGCGGCAGGUCGCCUGCCACCCAAGGUCGGCGGGCCCUGCAGUUCCCUUGUCCAGCUGUAGGCCAAAGGCCUGGCCGAUGUCUCGCCCCAUCCCCGCCUCCAGCCGCGAUUAGGGCACAAUUCCUAUAUUCGUGUUAUUUAUUGUGUACAGACCCAUGCUGCCCAGUCAAAUAAAACCACACAGCUUUGA